AUGGCAACAAAUAGGCCAACUGGUAUGGGUUAUCAAACAAGUCUUCAUUUCUAUCGAGUCGCCAAUGAAAUUAUAAGUUAUGUAAAUUCGAUACAUGAAUAUGAAGCCUUAAGUUCAGCAGAUGAUCGAUGGUAUGAUUCUUAUGGUACAAUGAAAACUGGUGCUGAAAGACGUCGCACCCAUGUUACUCAUGCACGACCACCUACAUUCCGUUCAACACAUAUGUCUAGAACUUCAUCAUCAAGCACUCGACGAAGUGUUUCACGUGGCUCUCGAUAA